AUGAUCCGAGAAGAUGAUCCCCAAUUUCGAAUUACGCCAUUUCAACAAAUGGCAUCAGCUUGUUCUGGUGCCUUAAUAACAUCUCUUUUCAUGACACCAUUAGAUGUAGUUAAAAUAAGGUUACAAGCACAACAGAAGGCUUUAUUGUCAAAUAAAUGUUAUUUGUAUUGCAAUGGCCUGAUGGAGCAUCUUUGUCCUUGUGGUGAAACUGGUUGGAUACCAAGAAGAGUACAUUUCCAUGGUACAAUAGAUGCAUUCUAUAAAAUAGCUAAAUUAGAAGGUGUUCCAGCAUUAUGGUCUGGGUUAAGCCCAACCCUUGUCCUAGCGUUACCUUGUACAGUUAUAUAUUUUGUAACUUAUGAACAACUUCGAUACAAAACCAAAACUCUGUAUAAUAAGCUUACAGGAACUGUGAGUCAGCCAAUUUGGAUACCAUUGCUGGCUGGUGCUUCAGCUAGAACAAUAGCUGUUACUUUAGUUAGUCCAUUAGAACUUAUCAGAACCAAAAUGCAAUCAAAGAAGUUAACAUAUUCAGAAAUCAGUGCAGCGUUACGUCAAGUCAUUCGAUACGAGGGUUACAAAGGACUUUUUCGUGGUUUAGGAUCUACUUUACUUAGGGAUGUGCCAUUUUCAGGCAUAUAUUGGACUACAUUUGAGUCAACUAAAAGAGCAUUCAAUAAACCAGAUUCAGAAAAGAAUUCCUUCCCAUUCAACUUCUUUUGUGGCCUUGUUGCUGGCAGCAUUGCAGCAUUUGUUACUUUACCCUUUGAUGUGGUCAAAACACACCAACAAAUAGAAUUGGGCGAAAAAGAAAUUUAUACAGGCUUAAGGAAAGUGGAAAAUCAGGGUUCCCGAAACCCUGAACACCAGUUACAGAGGGUUCGACAUUCGCCACCUAUGAGAAAUGGUAAAGUGCAACAAAGAGCAUCGAAUAUGCAGAGUAUCGUACGAAACAUAUACAGGAAUCACGGCUUAAAGGGUUUGUUUACUGGCUUAAUGCCUAGGAUAUUUAAAGUUGCGCCUGCAUGCGCUAUCAUGAUCGCAUCAUUCGAAUACGGGAAACAGUUCUUCCAAAAGUACAACACACAAAAAUACAAAGAAAAAUUACAAAGGCAUCAAGAGAUUGUUUUGAUCGGCAACUCAAAUGGUAAUGACUAUUCAUAA